AUGUCCGUCUCUUCCCUAUCCGUUGAGAGAGAAGCAAAAUUCAUCAUCUCAGAAACUACUCAAACUGGCGUUGAAGAAAAAGGAAGAGUAAAUCUCGAAAUCGAGAAGAAAGAAGACGAGAGAGAUGAAGCUGCAGCCACAGUUUCUCACGACGACGGCUUCAAAACUCCGACCUCCUCCGAUCACAGAAUUCCGCCGAUCACGCGGUGCCCGCCGCCGCCGGUGAAGCCGCGGCCACCGCCGAUGAGAGUGAAGCGAAAAAUCUCCCAACCGGCAGAGAUCGAAUCCAUCUUCCGCUCAAUCGCUGCCGAUCAAGACGACACCGCGCAACACCGUAAAAUCAAGAAAGCUCGAAAAUAG